UACAAAGUUAGAACGACUAGACACAGACUGGAAAGCAUGUUAGGAAUGAGACUAGCUUUAUUGCUGGUGGCACUUACUGCCGGGGUGUGGACUCAGGUACCAACAGGAUGUAAAUCAAAACUGGACAUCGUGUUUCUACUGGACGCCUCCUACAGUGAAGGGCAGACUAACUUUAACAAACAACUAAAAUUUGUCGAGAACUUUGUCAACCAAUUCAGUGUGGGACCCGAUGCUACCCAGAUCAGCGUAGUUACAUUUGCCACAACAGUACACAACGCGUUUUCUUUGAAUGCACAUUCAACCAAAUCAAGUGUGAUCAGUGCUAUUCAAAGCGUGCCAUACAGACCGGGAUCCACCUACACAGAUAAGGCCCUCAGCUACGCGGAGACCACCUCAUUCCUACCCCAAAAUGGAGGAAGGGCUGACGCGGAAAAGAUUGUAAUCGUACUCACUGAUGGCCAAUCAACUAGUCAUUCAAAAACACUACUCCAAGCCCAGAGUUUACACGGUUCAGGUGUAGAGGUCAUUGCUGUUGGUAUAGGUAAUUCAGUAUCCAAUUCCGAGUUGGAGUCGAUUGCUAGUGAUCAGGCACAUGUAUUCCAGGUGCAGGAUUUUGAUCUGCUCAACACAAUCCAAAAUCAGCUCACCAAUGCUGCAUGCCAGCAGGCAGCAUUGCAUUGUCAGUCAGCAGUGGCAGACAUUGUAUUUGCCAUAGAUUCUUCCUCCAGUAUCUCAAGUACAGACUUUUCAAAGCAGAUGAUAUUCGUCAAAAACCUCGUAAGACAAUACAACGUAGGAUUAAACGAAACACAAUUUAGUGUGGUGUCUUUCGACUCAAGGGUCCACCCAGAAUUUAAACUGAAUAAAUACCAAUCUAAAACCCAAGUCCUGGGCGCUGUGUCUAGCAUCAGACAUCACUAUGGUUCAACACACACCGGUGAUGCUUUGGAGUACAUCGCCAACAACACCUUCACACCUGAAAACGGUGGAAGAGCAGGGGUGGAACGUUGGGUGAUUGUUCUAACAGAUGGAUCAUCUACUUCGCCAACUGCAACAGCAGCUGCUGCAGACAAGCUGCACAAAAUGGGAAUAGAGGUCAUUUCAAUUGGUGUAGGAAGCGGAGCUAACAAGGCAGAGCUAGAAGCGAUUGCUACAGAUCCGCAACAUGUUUUCAAAGUAGACAACUUCGAUGAUCUUCACUCAGUAAUGUCAAACAUAGAAUCAAGCACUUGUGGUUUUAAUGUUUGUGAAGGAAACAAGGCCGACAUCGUAUUUUUGUUGGACUCCUCGGCCAGUGAGGGAGCUGCCAAUUUCCAGCAUCAACUGGAAUUUGUUCAAAACUUCACAGAUAAGUUUGACAUCGGACCUGACGCUGUUCAGAUCGGUUUGGCUUCAUUCUCUACCAAGCCACAUGGUCAUUUCUGGCUUGAUACGUACCAAAAUAAAACAGACCUUAUCAAUGCGACUGCGUACGUCCCAUACAUCCCCGGAAGCACGUACACCGAUCUUGGUCUGAAGUUUGCCCUGAAUGAAAGUUUCAGUUCUGCAAAUGGCGCUCGAGAUGGAAGUGUGCCCAAGAUAUUGGUGGUGUUGACUGACGGACAGUCUACGGAUCCAAUGGCGACAGCUUUGAUGGCUGACCGUCUGCAUAGAGACGGCAUCAAGGUCAUUACCAUAGGAAUCGGUCAGGGUGUGCGUAGUUCUGAGCUGACUGUAAUUGCUACCGACAAAAAUCACGUGUUUACUGCUACUGACUUCAAAUCCCUUGCUUCUUUACAAAAGGAAUUGACUAUGGAAACCUGCAGAAAUGAAAAGCCAAAUACCGAAUGUGGUGAGAAGGAAGCAGACAUUGUUUUCAUUCUGGAUGCUUCAAGUAGUGAAGGUGCCGACAAUUUCAAGAAAGAGUUGAACUUCACCGCCGAUUUCAUGAAGGGGUUCCAAAUUGGAAAACAACACGUUCAGUUUGGCCUGGUUACAUAUUCAAGUUACGCAAGAAACCAGUUUUAUUUUAACACGUACCAUGAUCUGCAGUCAAUUUUACACAAACUGGAUACCAUUUCGUACACUGGUGGAACAACACACACAGAUUCUGGUCUUUCCAGUGCUAAAUUUCAAUUUUACUCGCAUCAUGGAGGUAGACCUAACGCUCAGAAAAUCGCCAUUGUCUUAACGGAUGGAAUGUCCUAUUCUACUUCAAGAACAAUUGCAAAGGCCAACGAACUGAAAAAUAUGGGUGUUAAAGUGAUUUCUGUUGGUAUUGGUAAAAGUGUCAGUCAGACAGAAUUGAAUGGUAUUGCCACGGACUUGCAGCAUGUGUUCACUGUAGGUGAUUUUGACGCUCUCAAGUCAAUACAAUAUGAAAUCAAAACUGCCGCAUGUGCCAUUCCUAACCCUCCUGUUAUAGACCCAGAAUGUGGAAGUGGGUUGUCCGACAUCGUUUUCCUAUUGGACUCCUCGGGUAGCGAGAGAAGAAUAAACUUCAAUAAGAUGCUGACCUUUGUCCAGAACUUCACAAAGCAAUUUGACAUUGGUCCACAGAAUGUACAAGUGGGCGUGGCUACAUUUUCUACCAGUGUUCAUGAGAGAAUUAAACUUAAUCAGUACAGUGACAAGACAGCUCUGUUGGCGGCGAUUUCUGGUAUUUAUUACGACGCCGGAGCAACAUACACGGAUGAAGCAUUACAGUAUGCCAGAACACAGGCCUUCCUUCCGUCCCACGGUGGCAGAGCUAAUGCUAGCAGGAUAGUGGUUGUAAUGACGGAUGGACAGUCUAUAAAUCACGCCAGAACUAUACAAGAAGCCACAUCUUUGAAAUCCCAAUCAAAUAUGAAGGUAAUCUCCAUCGGUAUUGGAUCCGGCGUCAACCAACAAGAAUUGAAUAGCAUUGCCAGUGACUCACAGCACGUCUUCUCUGUUGCUAACUUUGACGUCUUAAACAAACUUAACUCAGAACUUACGUUUACCUCCUGUCAAACGUGUGGAUUUAUCCAGACAGCUGACAUCAUCUUUGCACUGGAUUCCUCCGGAAGUGAAGGACCAAUCAACUUCCAGAAGCAACUGGACUUGGUGCAGUCGUUUGUGCGAGAUCUCCCUGUCGGUCCCAACAACGUUCAAUUCAGCGUUGUUUCAUUUGGCUCUAUGGUCCAAAAUAACUUCUACCUGAACCAGUACUCACAGAAAAGACCCAUUCUAGAUGCCAUUCAGAAGACAGAUAAUGUCGGGGGUUCAACUCAGACGGGGGAAGCGCUGAAGUAUAUCAGGGAACAUAAUAUUCUCCCAGUGAAUGGGGCGCGAUCUAAUUCUUCUCUCUUCGUCGUCGUUCUAACAGAUGGUACAUCUACAAACAGAAGCUCCACCUUGACGGAGGCUAAUUUGCUGAAAGCUUCCGGGGCAACUGUCGUCGCUAUCGGUAUUGGUUCGAAUGUGGACAGUUCAGAACUGAAUGCUAUUGCUUCCGAUCCCAAUCACGUUUUCACCACCAAGAAUUUUGACGCACUUCAGACUAUCAAAGAGGACGUUAAAAAAGCAGCGUGUGAAGGUGUCAACACGACAGUGGCAUCGAUAAUCUCUACAACUCCCAUGGUCACAGAUACAACGACGGAGGGAGAAAUUUAUGUCACUGACUUUACCCUGACCACAUUGGACAUAAUUGGAUGAGGCUUAAUAUAAG